AUGGCCUUGCCUACUAACAUGGGGGCACGCAGAGACCACUUCGUUACGUCACUUAAUCCUGGCUUUGUAGCUAAACCGGAUACACCUCCUCAGCGAAUUCUCGAUGUUGCUGGUGGUACCGGCGAUAUCGCCUUUCGAAUGCUCAAGCAGGCACAUGUCAUCAAUGAGAAUCCAGAAACGCGCGUCACAAUCUCAGACAUCAACCCAUCCAUGUUAGCUGUUGGUCGCCAACGUGCUGAAUCCCAGCUACCGGUAGGCCAGCUCGCGUCGCUAAAUUUUCUUGAGGCCGAUGCAACCAGUUUCCGGCAGCCAGACGGCACCAUUACCGUGGAGUCGUCAACUAUUGAUCUUUACACGGUCGCAUUCGGCAUUCGAAACUUUACCGAUAUACCAGCCGCGCUUCGCGAGGCGUACCGUGUGCUUCGCCCAGGUGGUGUAUUUGCCUGUCUCGAAUUUAGCAAAAUUGCUUCCACCAACAGAAACCCGGCGGCAUCCUUGUUUGACGCUGCGUAUAAACGCUGGUCAUUUAGUGCCAUACCUAUGAUUGGCCAAAUUGUUGCUAAUGAUCGUGACUCAUACCAAUACCUGGUAGAGAGCAUCGAGCGUUUCCCGAGCCAAGACGAGUUCAGAGAUAUGAUUAUCGAUGCCGGCUUUCUUGUCGGUGGCUGCGGUUAUGAAAAUCUCACCGGAGGUAUAGCCGCGAUACAUAAAGGGAUGAAACCUCUAGAUACUUGA